AUGGAGAGAGUGCUAGCCACCAGACUUCAGUGGUUCCUAGAAACCAAUCACAAACUUGAUUCGGCUCAGACAGGCUACCGACAGCACAGAAGCACUGAUGACCAGGUAGCAUACCUCACACAGGACAUAGAAAAUGGCUUCCAGGAAAAGAAGAAAACCCUCACAGUCUUUUUUGAUAUGUCCAAGGCCUUUGACAAAGUAUGGAAGGAUGGCUUGAUGCUAAAGCUCUUACAUAGUGGAAUAAGAGGCAGAAUGUACUACUGGAUACAAGACUUCCUAUCACACAGGCGGGCAUCUGUGAAACUAGAUGAAGCACAUAGUCCCAGAUUCAAGCUGAGAGCAGGAGUACCACAGGGUAGUGUACUGUCUCCAGUCCUGUUCCUGAUUUACAUCAACGACCUACCUCAAACUUUACCCAGACAUGUAUCACAUUCUCUUCAUGCAGAUGACCUAGCUGUGUGGUACACCUCUGAGUUCAUUGGACCUGCUAUAUCAAAACUCCAGGAAAGUGUGAAUAGUGUCAUAAACUGGGCCAACAAAUGGGGCCUCGAAGUAAACAGGAACAAAACUGUAGCAACACUCUUCUCAUUGUCUACAAAGGAGGAAAAGUUUACAUUAAAAUUCAACAAUGAUGCUGUUCCACGCUCCAAUACUCCAACCUUCCUGGGAGUCAAGCUUGACAGUCGUCUGACAUGGAAACAUCACAUACUAGAAACUAACAAAAAAGCCAUGAGAAAACAAGGUGUGAUGAAGAAAUUGGCAGGCACCACUUGGGGAGCAGACAGUUGUAUCUUGAAGCAGGUAUACACCGGCACAGUCAGACCAACUCUCGAAUACGCAUCAUCGUCAUGGAUAACAGCAGCCCAUUCCAAUAAACAGAUACUAGACAAAACGCAAAAUAGAAGUCUGCGUACAAUUCUGGGAGCCAUAAAAUCUACACCUAUUGUAGAAAUGGAAAAGGCAGCCAACAUCAUCCCCUUAGAAGAAAGAAGAAGGACAAAAGCAAUUCUACAUGCUGAAAAAAAAUGA